CAAUUGAGAACGUCAGUUGAGUAAGAAAUAUGUCAAAAAUGAUUCAAACUGAAGAUAAAGUUCCGUUAUUGGGAAGCACAUCUUCAAAUGUUGCAUUAAAACCUCCAAAAGGAUGGGGAUACAGACAUUCGCUGGCAUUCCUAGCAUUUUUUGGCUUUGUCAAUGUAUACUGUAUGAGAGUAAACCUGAGCGUUGCCAUGGUUGAUAUGGUGAAACCCCAGCACAAAGAUGACCAGAACUCUACAUCUGAUGAGUGCCAAGAUCACAACCUCAACAGUACCAAAACUAAUGAAGGAGAGUUUGACUGGAGUACAGAUCUACAGGACUACAUUCUUGGAUCAUUCUUCUAUGGUUACAUUCUUACACAGAUCCCAGGGGGUUGGAUGGCUGAGAAGUUUGGGGCUAAGUGGCUGUUUGGGCUAGGUGUGUUAUGUACAUCGGUGCUUACACUGGUAACACCAAUAGCUGCACGGUACCAUGUAGGAGUCUUUAUUGCAGUUAGAGUGCUGGAGGGACUAGGAGAGGGUGUGACAUUUCCUGCUAUGCAUGCUAUGUGGGGCAAAUGGGCUCCACUGUAUGAAAGAUCAAAGCUUGCUGGAUUCUCAUAUGCAGGAGCUCAACUAGGGACAGUGUUUGCUCUGCCAAUUUCUGGUUGGUUGUGCGAUCAGAAAACAUUUGCUGGUGGAUGGCCCUCAGUAUUCUAUGUCUUUGGUGGUAUUGCAUGUGUUUGGUUUCUGGUUUGGACAUUGUUUGCAUAUAACACUCCUGCAGACCAUCCUAAGAUUUCUAGAGAAGAGCGAGAAUUUAUCGAAUCAAGUGUUGGUAUGAAAGAGGAUAUUGCAACACCAUGGGGAGCUAUUCUGAGAUGUCCAGCAGUGUGGGCGGUCUGUAUAGCUCACUUCUCCAACAACUGGGGCUUUUAUACGAUGCUUACAACACUACCAAGCUAUAUGAAAAAUAUCCUAAAGUUUGAUAUAAAAACCAAUGGUAUGUUAUCAGCGUUACCAUAUUUGGGCUGUUGGAUAGGUCAGAACUCAUCUGGAAUUACAGCUGAUUAUCUACGUAGCAAGGGCUACCUUUCUACCGUGGCAACUAGAAGAUUAUUCACUGUUUUUGGUCUUGCGGUUCCUGGCCUCACAAUGAUUCUUAUACAGUUUGCUGGAUGUAACCAGACAGCAGCUGUUGCCAUGCUUGUGUUAUGUCUCACAGCAGGGGGCUUCACAAUGGGUGGAUUCCAGGUUAAUCAUAUUGAUCUGUCUCCAAACUUUGCUGGAGUGCUAAUGGGAAUGUCUAACACCUGGGCUACUAUCCCUGGUUUCUUAGGACCUGCAGUGGUUGGCUGGCUGACUCAUAAACAUGACACACGGGACCAGUGGCAAAUUGUGUUUUACAUCGCAGCUGCAGUGUAUCUCUCUGGUGCAGUGCUAUACUUCCUGUUGUCACGUGGUACGGUGCAAGACUGGAAUGAACCUGUUCGGGGAGUCUCAUUUAAACAUAGAGAAACAAAAAGCCCUACAUAUAGGAUUCCUGCCGUGGAACAUCAGGCUGUAGAUUAAUGAUAUGUGAUAUUAGAUUAUAUUAUGUAAUGUGUAACCAUUGUUUUUUAUGAUUUAGGUCUUAUAUAGAAUUCAGGUUCACUGAAUUUAGUCCAGACUAUUCAGAAAUUUUGGGAUGGUCAAAAUUAACUAAAACUACUUGCCAUUUUAAUAGUUUUUUCAGUAAAGAAAUAGUUUGAAAAAUUAUGUGAUAAAAAACAUUGUAUUCUUUUUCCUCAGCAAGUUUCAACAGUUUUACAUGUUUCAUGAUGUUGUGAAACAUUUUCCAAGAUUUCACAUUCCUGUUACAUGUAAUGUGCUUUUAUUGUUGUUUUUAUUUUUGUCAAAUGUUGUUUUUAUUAACUGUUACAUGUAUUAAAGUGAGUCCCACUUUCAAAUGCAAAUUAACUAUCAAUCUUUGUAUAACAUUUCAUUUUUAUUGCCACCAAGAGUAAUUUAAAUUCAUAACAUUUAAGGUAAUUUCUUUAAUUAUUUUGCGAUUGCAAUUUUGUUAAAAGGGGUUUAAUUUUUCAUUGCAAAUCUUAAGUUAAAUCCCUAGGCAUGUGUGUACACAUAAUAUUUCAGAGUGUUAUAAAAGAAGAGUGAAGGCCUUGUCAAGUGUGAGUUGUGCAAUACAAUUUAAAUCACUGGGUUGUAAUGGCAUUUUUAGUUUGUUUAGUUUUUUUUUCUCUAAAAGUAAUGUAAUUUUAUGGCAAAAUAUGAAGGUUGUUAUGGCAUUUUUAGUAUUUAUUCUCUAAAUAUAAUAUAAUUUUAUGGCAAUAGUUGACAGUUGUUAAGACAUUUUUAAACCUACAUUAUAUUUGUUAUUUUUAAGGUGAUAUUAUAAUUUUUUAUUGUGACAUUUGUGAUAAAAGAGUUGAAUUAUAUUUGAUCAUCAAAAAUGUAAUCGUAUGUUGUAAAAAAAAAUUUAAGAUGUAGUUUUAAUUGCAAUAGAUAAUGGCAAAUUAUGUCCUAGAAAUUUUUGUUUUUCCAAUUAAGAAAGUGUAAACAUAUAUUAGAUAACAUUUUAAAAAUGAAAAUGGUUUUAAUGCAUACUAGAUGUUUAUGACCAGAAGUUAGUAGUACAAAAUGUGAAAUAAUCUUUUAUAAUAGUAGCAUAAUGAUAUCAAAGUGGUAUUUUGACUGCCAUAUAAAAUACUUAAUUAAAUGGCCAAGAAGCAAAAUACCGGUAAGUUAAAAGGUGGUUCAGCUUUAUGGUAAAUGGGUAUAUUUUUAGAGGUUGUAACAGGACUCUUGCAUUAAAAAGUGUUUUAAGAAAUGAACUUGAUAUCAUAUUUAGGGCAUAAUUGGACUUAAAAGGUUGUACAACUGUCCUGUAAAAGAAUUUUUUUAUUCAUUUGUGAGUAUUUUUAUUUUUGAUUGAUGUAAUUUUGAACAUCAAUUUUCUUUGUAAAUCAGGGCUGUGGUGCAUGUACAAUGAGUAAAUUGUAUGACUUAGCUAAAAUUCUUGUACUUUAUUUUUGUAAAAGUUUUUUGUUUUUGUUUUUUCAACUGUGAAUUUUAUUUUUAUGGCAAUCACCUGUCUUCCCUACAGUGCAAAAAUUAUCAAAACUCUAUCUGUGAUAUAGAUGUAUAAUCAAAAAGGUAAUUCCAGAUGUUUUGUGUAAAUAUAUAUUCUUUUUAUUUCACUUGGGUUAGUAUUUUUGUGUAAAUAAUAAAAUAUAUGUAUGUUAAAGUGUAUAAAGCUAUAUACUUAUAUGCUGUCUGUAAUACGAAAUUAUUGUUUGAACUGUGAAAAAAGAAUAAAAGAAACAUUUUAUAUUUAUCGUUUAGAACCAAUGGCAUUAUUAUUUAGCACAAAAUUAUUGCUAAUAGCUUAUAAUCCUACUUAAAUAAUAUUAUGUUUUAAGAACAUCUUAUUCUGUUAACUUACAUUAUUCAGCUAUUCUAAAGUUUAAAUAUGUUAUUUUUAAUAUAUAAAUUGUUUCAUAUAAUUGUCAAAUUAAAAGAAUCAAGUUGGAAAAUGAUAUUUGCUAACGAUAAAAUACAUAAAAUUUCAGGAAAUCUCUCAAUACCUCUAAUAUACUGGUCUACUGUCUAUAUUUAAAUUCAUAAAUUUGUUUCCCGAUCUUUCUAAAAACGAAGAUCACCAUAAAUAAUUCUCAGGACGCUGUUUUUAAGAAGGCUUAACAGUGAUAUGAUGCACUUUUCCAAGAUAAAAUUACUGAAAUACUUAGUUUGAAACAACACAGAAUUGUUUUUUCCAACAGAAAAAAUAAACUGUAGGCUGAUGCAGAUGGGAAUCACAGUCGUUUCCUAUAUGUGACAACAGUUGGUUCCAAUCUGUGAUAAGUCGGUUCCAAACUGUGACAGUAGUUGGUUACCAUCUGUGAGAGCAGUCAAAGUUUGAUGAUUCUUUUUCUUGCAUAUUAUAUUACAUCGUAUAUCAGAAAGAAUUUUUGAAAAUUAAGUAUUUUCAUUUAGCAUUUUUUUCUUGCAUUUUUUUCUUAUAUUUGUGUAAAAAGUUCAUUCAAAGUGGUAAAAUCAUCUUAAGCACACAGUUCAAUUAUAAAAAGCAAGUUGGAGUGUUUUCUUUAUAAGUAGAUGACUUGUCUUACACAGUGGGUGUUAAGACAGGUUUUUCUAGCACCGGUGAAAACAGCAGAAAAUUCAAUCUGAUAUGCAAGAAAUAAUAGAGACAUUCUAUGUGAAAACUCAUUUGAGAAUCAGCCAUAAGAUAGUGGAAACAAUUAUAAAUUUCAUAAAAAUAUGUCAUCAUAUAUAGCUUUAUAAUUUUUAACUUUGUGUUUUUAUAAGAAUGCAAGCAGUAUUAUUUUUCACAGGAAAGAAAUUUUACCUGAAAGACUGGGAUGAAAAACAGGUAUGUUAGAAGAUAAGAUUAGGAUAUUUUGUUUUUGCUUUACUGACUAAAAAUAUUGAUUGACAAGAUUGAAAGUGUUGUGAGAAUUUGAAUGUGAAGUGUCUGCUGAAUUUGAGUAAUGGAUUUGUCCAGCUUCCAUUUUUAGAAAUGGAGUAUGAAAUUUUACUAAUAACUAAGUAAUAUUGUAAAAUAGGAGUAUGAAAUUUUACCAAUAACUAAGUAAUAUUGUAAAAUAGAAGUAUGAAAUUUUACCAAUAACUAAGUAAUAUUGUAAAAUAGGCGUAUGAAAUUUUACCAUAACUAAGUAAUAUUGUAAAAUAGAAGUAUGAAAUUUUACCAAUAACUAAGUAAUAUUGUAAAAUAGGCGUAUGAAAUUUUACCAAUAACUGAGUAAUAUUGUAAAAUAAGAGUAUGAAAUUUUACCAAUAACUAAGUAAUAUUGUAAAAUAGAAGUAUGAAAUUUUACCAAUAACUAAGUAAUAUUGUAAAAUAGGAGUAUGAAAUUUUACCAAUAACUAAGUAAUAUUGUAAAAUAGGAGUAUGAAAUUUUACCAAUAACUAAGUAUUUUUGUAAAAUAGGAGUAUGAAAUUUUACCAAUAACUAAGUAAUAUUGUAAAAUAGAAGUAUGAAAUUUUACCAAUAACUAAGUAAUAUUGUAAAAUAGAAGUAUGAAAUUUUACCAAUAACUAAGUAAUAUUGUAAAAUAUGAGUAUGAAAUUUUACCAAUAACUAAGUAUUUUUGUAAAAUAGGAGUAUGAAAUUUUGCCAAUAACUAAGUAUUUUUGUAAAAUAGGAGUAAGAAAUUUUACCAAUAACUAAGUCAUAUUGUGAAAUAGGCGUGUGAAAUUUUAAUGAUAAAUAAGGAACACAAUGUUUUUAGCUCACCUGUCACAAAGCGACAGGGUGAGCUUUUGUGAUCGCUUUUCGUCCGUCGUCCGUCUGUCCGUAAACUUUUACUUUAAAUGACAUCUCCUCAUAAACCACUAAGCCAAUUUCAUCCAAACUUCACACGAAUGUUCCUUUGGUGGUAAAACGAAACGAAUCCGUUUAAAGGUGUAAUGAUGGGGGCCUUACUUCCAAGUUUGUUCAAAUGAAAGCCCUUGGGUUUAAACCGGCCCUGCUCCGGGGGCCUUUAUACAGGUGAGCAACCACAGGGCCAUCAUGGCCCUCUUGUUUAAAAUGUAAGUCCCCUAUGGAAUGGGUGAGGGGCUCAAAUUUUACCAUACCUGUUAUAGUUUUAACUCUUUUGGUCCUGUAUGGAAAAAUAUAAGCUUUUUUUUUUAAAGUUUUAUAUAUUAUGGGGCUUAUAUUUUACUAUGCAUUUUUUAUUUGUUAAUAUAAUUGUUCUCAUAAGAAAUGGUCUUAGAUAGAAUUUCAGACUAUUGUUACAAUGACAUGUGUACACAGGCAAAUGAGAUUUUGGGUUGUUUAAAAUCCUUGAUUAUUUAUGUGAUGAUAUACUUAUUGACAAAUUAUGUGCAAUAUGGAAAUACAUGUACUAUUAAAACUUAUUCACUCAACGUUCUUCUUGUCUGUCUUAUAUAAUAAGAUAUGUUGGCUGUUAUACUGCCUGGAUGUGUACACAUUUUGGCCAUAUUUCUGGAGUCAGAGACUGCAAAAUCUCUGUUAUUGGAAGUCACAUUAAAUUUUUAUAGAUAAAGAAGGAAAAGGUAUUAGAUUUUGGAAGUCACAAGCUAAAAUCAAGGAGUAAAUGACUCCCAACUAACUUCCAUUAACAGAAGCCCUGCAUAUUUUGUAGCUGGAUGUUGGCCAGAUUUAUCAGACAUCAUGCUGCCUUGAUGUUGGCCAGAUAGGUUGUAGCUAUGCCACCUAGGUAUUGGCCAGAUUUGUUAGCAGUUUACCUGCCGACAGCUGGAUGUUGGCCAGAUUUAUCAGAAAUCCUGCUGCCUUGAUGUUGGCCAGAUAGGUUGUAGCUAUGUAGGAGCAGUAGUCCAGUGGUAGGACGAGCGCUUAGGGAUCGAGAGGUCCCGGGUUCGAACCCCACCAGGGGCACUGCUAAUUUCCUUGAGCAAGAAAUUUACCUGCGAUUGCUUCACUUCACCCAGGUGUAAAUGGGUACCUGCGAGGGUGGUAUAAUUCCGUUACGCCAAAGUGUCGGCUGCACUAAGCGGAGUUAAAAGACUCCCCAGGGAGAUUGAUAGAUAGAUACCAGUAGCCCGAUGACCAGGGGUAAUAGCUGUAAAGUCGGUGAACGUGCGUAAGCAUGAAACUUAGACUAUAAAAUGCAAUUACUUUA